AUGAUGAACCAAAUGGGAAUGAUGAUGCAGCAGCAGGGUGUCGGUGUUCCCGGCGGUCCGGGCGGUGUUGGUGGCGUUGGUAUGCCCGGGCCUGGCGGAGUCGGAGUAUCGCCCGGGAUGAUGCAGUCGCCUCAAAUGCAGCAAGUGCAGCAACAGCAAGUCCAACAGCAACAAGUCCAGCAACAGCAGCAGCAGCAACAACAACAACAACAAGUGCAACAACAGCAGGUUCAGCAGCAAGCGCAGCAGCAACAACACAGCCAAUCCGCUCAACAGCAAGCACAACAAACCGAGAAGGUGGACAACAUUUCUAAGGUCAAGGUGUUGGUUGGGCCGUUACGGGAUGCGCUAUCAACUACGAUCAAAACUGCUGCCCAGCUGAUACAACAAAAUACGCUCGCCGAUGCAGGAUCCAAAACGGUAGAUCUCAACAAUGCACCCCGCUUUGAUAAACAUCUGGAGGAGUUUUAUUCAAUUUGCGACCAAAUAGAGCUGAACUUGAAAACGGCAAAGCUUUGUAUGCAGCAGUGCACCUCGUCACAACAGUAUCUGCCGAUUCCGGUAGCCACAAGUCAGCCACCCCUAACGGAAACAAACGCGCUUACGUACAACCAAUACCUGGAGGUGGUGAAGCUACAGAUCGGCUACGCAAAGGACAUCCACGACACGCUAAUUUGUGCCGCCCAAAACAUUUCUCCCAGCGAAUGA